UUCCCAGGGUCUCACGCGCAUGUGUGCGCGUGGGUCCACGUGCGGACUCUGCGGGGACAGAAGCAGGAGCCAUGGGCGGGACCGCCAGCACCCGCCGGGUCACCUUCGAGGCAGAUGAGAAUGAGAACAUCACCGUGGUGAAGGAUCGGCUUUCAGAAAAUGUGAUCGACCCCUCUCCGUCUGACUCUAAGUCUCAGCGGUAUUCCAGUGUCUAUGGUGCUUCAGUUCCUGAAAAAAAAAAAAAAAAAAAAAAAAAAGUAGCCGAGGAGCUGGCAUUGGAGCAAGCUAAGAAGGAAUCAGAAAACCAGAGACGCCUUAAGCAAGCCAGGGACCUAGAACGAGAGAGGGCCGCAGCCAAGGAGCAGCUGACCAGAGCCAUCUUUCGGGAAAGGAUAUCCAGCGAGGAGGCUUGGCAGCUGGAAGAGAAAGAUCGAGUGAUACGGAAGCAGGACGCAUUCUACAAAGAACAGCUGGCCAGACUGGAGGAGAGGAGCUCAGAGUUCUACAAAGUCACCACCGAGGAGUAUCAGAAAGCUGCUGAAGAGGAGGCCAAGUUCAAGCGGUAUGAAUAUCAUCCAGUCUGAGAUCUGCAGACCAAAAUCCUCCAGUGUUACCGCCAGAACACCCAGCCUGCUCUGGCCAGCCAGAACAUGCACUGUGUCAAUCAUGCCAAACAGAGCUUGCUGGAGGAUGGAGGACAAAGUUAUCCCCAAGAACAUGCAACGCUUUUUCAAUGUUUAUUCCAGAGGUGGAACAUUUUUUCUUUUUCUAGUAAGAAAAUGGCCCAAUUAAAGAGAAGGUCACUAAAGACAGACAGGCAUUGGAAAAUAGACUCCACAGAAUCAUAACGUGUUUUGAUCAACAGUUUAAAAAGCCAAUGUCUAGAUCAAGGAUCAGUCAUCAAAGAACACUGUUAAGUGCUAAUGAAACCCACAGAUGAAUAAAAGAAAGGCAGUCCACUGCACCUUUUUGUACUGUUUCCAACUCCUACUUGACAUAAAAUGUUCUUUUCACUCCAGGCUUCACCAUUUAGUGACCUCUACUCUGAGAAAGCUGGGAGGGGGGACGUUAACUAUUUAUUUUACAUGGAGACACAGC